AUGGCAUAUAGCAACAACAAUCGAUCAGAGUCUUCAUUAUCUCCAAUUGAAAUCGAACUUGUCAAUCGUGUUCAUGCAUAUUUUCUCAAUAAUGAUCCUAACCAAUUCCAUUUCUUCUAUGCCACUGCAUCACCAUUCAGCAAUUUUCAUCCUUGUUCAAUCACAGACGAAGGUGUUACGUUUCAUUCAAGUGAACAAUAUAUGAUGUAUCAUAAAGCGAGAUUGUUUGGAGACGAAAGUAUCGCUCGAAAAAUUAUUGGAGCUGCUACGCCAGGUAAAUGUAAAGCAUUAGGACGUGCAGUAAAAAAUUUCGAUCAACAAAAAUGGCAUGAAAAUCGUACUCGAAUUGUUUCCAAUGCAGUUUAUCUCAAAUUUACACAAAAUGAACAAUUGAAACGAGCACUUUUGAAAUAUCGUAACAGUCUAUUUGUAGAAGCAGCAGGAAGAGAUUGUAUUUGGGGUGUUGGUUUAUGUGAAAAUGAUCCAAUGAUAAAAACACAUACAAAUUGGAGAGGUCUUAAUCUUUUAGGCUAUAUUCUUACUGAUAUUGCAUAUCGAAUUUAUAAUGAAGACAACAAAUCAUUGAAAUAG